CGACGCUUGGCUCUGUUGACCAAUGACAGAAAGACAUCUGUUCGCUGGAGCCACUCUAAAAUAUCCCUUCCUUUAUCUUCCUUGUGGUCUCCCCUGUGGUUCCGUCAUUUUAGACAGCAAACUUCAGGUUGUCUGCUGUAGAAGGUACAGAGAUGAGGAGAAUGCAGGUGGUACGUGUAGUUGCUGCUGUGUUGCUAACAGUCUGCUGCGUCAACGCAACGGUUUUCUUUCGGGAAGAGUUUGCAGAUGGUGAUGAAUGGAGAAGCCGCUGGGUAAACUCCAAACACAAGUCUGACUAUGGAGAGUGGAAGUUGACAGCUGGUAACUUCUAUGGAGAUGUGGAGAAAGACAAAGGACUCCAGACCAGCCAGGAUGCUCGUUUCUAUGCUACCUCUGCUCGUUUUGAACCCUUCAGCAACGAGGGCAAGACGUUGGUUAUUCAGUUUACAGUCAAACACGAGCAGAAAAUUGACUGCGGUGGUGGUUAUGUGAAAGUGUUCCCUGCUAGUUUGGAUCAGACUGCCAUGCAUGGAGAUUCUGAAUACCAUAUCAUGUUCGGACCUGACAUCUGCGGCUACAGCACCAAGAAAGUCCAUGUUAUUUUCAAUUACAAGGGAAAGAAUCACCUCAUCAAGAAAGAGAUUAAAUGCAAGGAUGACGAGCUCACCCACCUGUACACACUGAUCCUCAAUCCAGAUCAGACCUACGAGGUGAGGAUUGACAACGAGAAGGUGGAGUCUGGCAGUCUGGAGGAAGACUGGGACUUCUUGCCUCCCAAGAAGAUUAAGGACCCUGAAGCCAAGAAGCCGGAGGAUUGGGACGACCGUGACAAAAUUGACGAUGUCGAAGACACCAAGCCUGAGGAUUGGGACAAACCUGAAAACAUUCCUGACCCUGAUGCUAAAAAGCCUGAAGACUGGGAUGAAGAUAUGGAUGGAGAGUGGGAGCCACCUAUGAUCCCCAACCCAGAGUACAAGGGAGAAUGGAAACCCAAACAGAUGGACAACCCCAACUACAAGGGGCCGUGGAUUCACCCAGAGAUUGACAAUCCCGAAUAUAGUGCUGAUUCAAACAUUUACAAAUUUGAGAACAUUGGUGUUUUGGGUCUUGACCUUUGGCAGGUGAAAUCUGGAACCAUCUUCGACAACUUCCUGAUCACAGACGAUGUCAAGGAAGCUGAAGAUGUUGCAAAGGAGACGUGGGGCGUGACAAAGGAACCAGAAAGGAAAAUGAAACAGGAGCAAGAUGACCUGAAACGAAAAGAAGAGGAGGAGAAGAACAAAGAACAAGACACUGAAGGUGAAGACGAAGAGGAGGGGGAAGAAGAGGAGGAAGAAGACGAGGAGGAGGAGGAAGAAACUAAAGAUGAAAUGGAGGAGGCACUUUCAGAAAUGGAAAGUGAGGAAGCGAAGCAUAAAGAUGAGCUUUAAAGGGUGCGGUCAGGAGCUUCUGUCCUACCUUUAGGAACUCUGUCCAGUAUUUCCCAGGGGGCAUUGUGGCUGCUGUGCAUCCUUUCCCUGCAAUACGGACUAAAGCCAAGAUGUAGUGAUGUUAGGGGGUGUGUGUGUGUUAAAAGGAUGUUCCCUUUCAUUUUUUGCUGUGGUAAUAUUUGUCACCCAACCAGUCCAAUAAGAGAUUUAGAACCCGCCAACACCCACUGUUGUCAUGUGCCUACAACGAGGUGUAAUUCCAUGGUUCAACUCUGAAAGUCCCCAUUAUGAUCUUAAAUCUACACAAAUGACCAGGGAUGAGGGCCAAACAUUCCAUGUUUAAUGGUGAUUCAGUCUUUUUCUCCAAACCCUUGUGACUGCAAGUGAAAUUCAAGAUUCCCAUAUGGCACGGGCAAUCAGAUACAGACAAAUCAACAAGAUAAUGUAACUUAUAAUGGUUCUGUUUUGGCACUGAGUCUGUACAUUGUCUGAGUUCAUAAAAUAAUUAAAUCCUCAUGAAUUGCAUUUUUCCUUUUGUUGGAUGUCAACAAAUAUUAAAUGUCAGUUAUAUGUGAGGAUCCUUUCACAUAACUAGAAAGUCUGGAGAAAUCCCCCUGGUGUGACUCAGGACAUGGCUGAAGGUUACACUCAUAUUUUUAUUGGACAGAAUGUUAUUGAUACCAAAGUUUUUAUUAAAAUAUAAUAAAACAA